CUUCGUCUCGUCAACCGCUCAACUACUAGCAUCAACAUGUCCGGCCGUGGAAAGGGAGGCAAGGUGAAGGGAAAGGCAAAGACCCGCUCGAGCCGUGCGGGACUUCAGUUCCCCGUGGGCCGCAUCCACCGUCUGCUGCGCAAGGGCAACUACGCCGAGCGCGUCGGUGCCGGCGCCCCCGUCUACCUGGCCGCCGUCAUGGAGUACUUGGCCGCCGAGGUGCUCGAGUUGGCCGGCAACGCCGCCCGCGACAACAAGAAGACCCGCAUCAUCCCUCGCCACCUGCAGCUCGCCAUCCGUAACGACGAGGAGCUGAACAAGCUGCUCUCCGGAGUGACCAUCGCCCAGGGAGGUGUCCUGCCCAACAUCCAGGCCGUCCUUCUGCCCAAGAAGACCGACAAGAAAGCAUAAGCCGCCACUCCGGCAGCGCGAAAUCGGCCCUUUUCAGGGCCACCCAAUCGACUCACGAAUAGCUCCAUUAAGCAAUGAUUUUAAAUCUCAUUUACUCAAAAUAUCUUAAGAUAGGGCUAAAUUACCAACAAAUGACAUGACCUACUUUAUAUUUUAGUUAACGCAUACAUAAUAAGUAGUUGUGCGUUUAGGAGAGCAACUAAUUUUUAAUCUGGUGUAAAUAACAUUCAAUAUUGAAUUUAAAAAACUUCCUUGAUUAGUAACAAUGGCUCAGGCCCCAGAGAACAACACAUUUUGAUUUUAAAGAAAAAGACACAUUGGAAUUCCACUAACAAAAAGCUACUGCAUUCUAUGGUUCUGCAAAUAUAUACCAAGAGAGCACGUAAAAAGAAGCAGCGAGAUAAUAUUAUUUACGGUAUGCAUUCUCAUAAUUUAUAUUUUACUGACUGACUAAAAAGGGUCUAGUUAAAAAGCGGUACGCAUGGAAUUGCAGCGCUGUCAAAUUGCUCUCAUCUUUCAAACAUUCUCCGCAUCCAUUAAUGAAGUGAAUCUUCGUCUAAAAAUAAAAAUAUGCAUAAAUUGUCAAUUUUGCGAUUUUAAAUGCACAAAAUAUAUACAUCUAUCAGAACUAAUUGAAAUUGUAACUGCGGUAAACAAAAUUUCCAUACCUAUGAUGAGCUCGCGAGUAGCAGGUAGUGGCGUCACGUUCAAUAACUAAUAAUCAAUUAAUAUAUUUUUGCUUUCCACUCGCGGCUCUAUUCACUUCUUUUGAUUUUUUUUUAAAUUCCAAACAAUCGAGUCAAUCGACAACACUAAAAAUUUAACAAGAGUAUAAAAAUACGAAAAAUAUGUCAGCGUUCGCAUUGUAUUGCUACCUAAAUAUAUUUAAACCAAUUGUUUAAAUUCUCUCACAAUCAGAGCCGGAAUUUUACGACACGUCUGCUAUGGUUAACCAGAACUGGAAGGCAGCAUGCUACGCUAACAGGCAUGCAUUCACGUCUCACGAGAAUCGCCUGUCACGGUUUUCAUAUUGUACUAUGCCAAACAAAAGAGUACCACAGCGUAGCGAAGCCUACAUAUUGUGUUUGUAAACUGUGUGGAAAAAAGAUGGAGUUGUACCACCUUCUUAACUGUGAUAUUAACCAAUCUAGUUUGACACAAGUAGC